AUAUUGUUUUAUAUUUAUGUAAUUAUGAAGGAAUAUAUUAAAUUAAAAAAAAUUUAUGAUUUAACUGCUGAUCAAAAAGUGAUUACCGAUUAUAAAGCAGAAAGACGUUUAAUACUUCGUAAUAAAUACUUAAAGGAAAUUCAUAAUCCUAAUUCCAUGCAAAAAGGACAUAUUUUUGAUGAACAAUUACAUCAGCAUUAUAUGACAAUUCCUAAAAUGGAAAAAUGCUUUAAGCCAAAUAUUAAAAACUUAAUUUGGUGUUUUACUAUGACUAUUACAUGCGCUACUUUACUUGCAUCAUAUUUGAAAAAGUAUAGGGAUGAAAAAGAAUAUAGAUUACGAAGUGGACAAGUAAGUUAUCGAGAUAGAGAUAUAAAAUUUGUAUAAAGAAAAAAUUGACUUGAAUAAAAAUAGAUAAUAUAUAAAUAC